AUGAACAUCCAGCAACAUUUUGACGUUAUCAUUAUAGGCGGUGGUGUUGCGGGGUCAUGUACAGCAAUAAGACUGGCCCAGUUGUUCAAUUUGGCAGCUGCAACUUGGCGGAAAAUUUUAGUUAUUGAUGAGAGAGCUCCAAAUGCAGAAACGUUUAAAGUUGGAGAGUCCUUGCCUGGAGAAGCAAAAUCUACACUUCAGUCGUUGGGUGUAUUUGAGGCAGUAAAUAACGAUGCAAUGCAAGGAAAACAUAACUUUUGUUACGAAAAUUGUUCUGCAUGGGGUUCUGAUGAUUUACUGGGUACUAAUACAAUAUUCAACAUUUAUGGUGAGGGGUUUCAUUUGGAUAGGCUGCUAUUUGAGGAAACGCUGCUUAAAACUGCUGUGUUGGAACAUGGUCAACUUAUAACAAUUAUGCGUGAUUCUAAGGUGACUGAGUUAUUCCUCUCCAAAGAUAUUGAUCAAGGGGAUGCACAUUGGAAGAUUACGAUUUCAAGCGACGAACCAUCACAUCCACACCAAAUUCACGGGAAAACCCUCAUUGAUGCAAGUGGCCGUCGCUGUUGUAUCCGAAAAUGUUUACCAGAUUUAAAACGAAAUUCUUCCGACAAGCUGUUGGCAUUCGCAUGUUUAUUCGAAGUCGGCUAUGACACUCCAUCCAAGACUCAAUUGAUCGAUUCGAACCAUUACACCCUCGUAGAAUCCUGUGCCUUCGGAUGGUGGUACACCAGUCUGUUGCCUAGCAAGCAACGCAUUGUUGUUUUUCAUACUGAUGACGAUCUGCUCCAUCAGAUUAAUAGAAAAAUCAGACUAGCUGAGGAGUUUAAUGAAUUCAUAAAGGAAACUUCUACGCAUAUUGCAAAACAUAUAAGCGAAUAUUCAUAUCGUCCUGUGGGGAAAAGGGUUACGUGCAUGCCUGCGAAUUCAGCAAGCCUUUCUCAAUUUGCUUCUUACGAAAAUCGAUGGAUAGCAAUUGGUGAUAGUGCUGUUUCUUUUGAUCCGCUCUCAUCCCAAGGGAUGCUUACCGCUCUAAAUAGUGCAAAGUUUGGGGCAGAAGCAAUAUUUUUCCAAUAUUUUAAUGGUAGGAAGACGAAAAACGAAGGGAAACAAAUUCAGCCCUUGGAGGUCUAUCAGCAAUACAUCGAGAACGUAUUGAGUAAAUAUAUGAGAGAAAAAGUGUUUUUUUAUAAUAAGGAACAAAGGUGGAAUAAUGAAGUGUUUUGGAAACGACGACACAAAGAUCUCAUUGAGGUGUGA